ACUGGACAUAUAUUACGUAGUAUAUGUUUUAAGGUUUACUGUCUUUUAUACAAACAAGUUGAGAUACAAUUAAAUUUAAGAAAUGCCGCGUAUAACACGGUCAAAUAAAAAGAAAAGAAUUGCUGCUCUUUUAUUUUUAAUAAUCGCUGAAGAGGAAACUCAUCGAAACAAUCCUCGUAUAUGGACACAUCCAUAUCUUUUAAAGAGAAACAGGAGAGGCAUGCAUUAUAAUCUUUUUACAGAAUUGCUUUUCGAAGAUCCAGAUAGGUUUAGACGAUGUCUUCGGAUGAAUACCGCUUUAUUUGAAAAUCUUUUAGAAAAAGUAACUCCUAUUAUUACAAAACAGGAUACACAUUUGAGACAAAGGAUUUCGCCUGCUGAGAGGUUGUCUCUCACCCUACGACAUCUUGCAACAGGUAUCAUUAAGGAAGUAUGUACUGCAAUUAUUCAUGUACUACGUGAAGACUAUCUUAGAAUACCAUCGUGUGAGGAUGAAUGGAGAGUCGUGGCUGAUGAUUUUGGUUAUCGUUGGAAUUUUUAUAAUUGUGUUGGAGCCAUGGAUGGCAAACAUUUUAAAAUUGAUCCACCAUUACAGUCAGGAUCAUUAUAUUAUAAUUAUAAAGACAGUUGUUCUGUUGUAUUACCAGCUGUUGUGGAUGCACAACUUAGGUUUAUAUAUGUAGAUGUUGGUACAAAUGGCAGAAUAAGUGAUACAG